UCACUGUAUUCCUGCUGUAUGAUACAGUAGCACGUAAUCAAUACUCCCACGAAUUCGCUUCUCCUGCUCAUCGUAUUAUCAUAACAUAACCUCCACGUACAAGAAAGCCGUGAUUUCAAUUGUUUCGUGCCUUACAACUUGUUUUACGCUUGUAUUUAAACCCCUAACACAGCAAAGAAGUGUGUGAUUGCGAGUGUAAGCAUGUAAAGAACAGACAAGCACAGAUAACACAGGCAAUAAUAAUCACGCAUCAUUCUGAUCGACAAUAACAUUGCGCAAUUUUCAAAAAUUCACGUUUCCUUAUUCUUUUUCUUCAUUUUUUAUGAACUAAUAUUGUCAUGACUACACCCACAGCACUAACACAAACAAAUAUUGAAAGCGUUACGUAUUAUCACGGACAAUGUUCUGUAUAGAGAAGAGAACGUCUUCCGAAGUGCUUUUUGAACAAGUAAUAAGCAAACAAAUAUAACACAAGAUAAGAUAUUUAUACAACAAACAUAGACUGUUGUCAUACGCUCAAAAAUUACAUACAUUUUUAUUUGUUUUUAUUUAUUUACACAAGAAAUACAUAACUAAAUUGGCAUCCGCUAUCUCUUAAUUAAAUUAUGUCACUUUAGUCUGCUGAUUAAUAAGAAGCUUCAUGUUUAUGUUAGUCGGAGCAUGGUUUUUGUUAGACUUUACUCGCUUUACGUUUGCUCAAAUUUAUCACGUGUGUUUUAAUCGCGACAAAUCGCAGCAGGUGCGCUCAUUGUUGCUUUUAUCACCUUAUCUACCUGCUUCUGUCGAUCAUAAAUCUGUGCAUAAAAGUGCGCUUCGUUCAACGUGUGCGUUAGCAAUGAGUUUGAUUGAUUUGAGCGAUGGCGAGGAGGCUUUUGAAGCGCUGGAAUUAAUGCCUAAUGAUCGUGUUGCAAGCAAGAUCGUCCAUGUGCAUCCUGUGGGGAAGUGCCUUGAUCCGGGGUCGUAUUUGGUUGUCCGUGGACGUACCCAUUUUGGAUGUACCAGGUUUGCUGUCGAUUUCACAUGUGGGAACCGGUCAUUGGUAGACGGCACAAUCGCUUUUCAUUUCAAUCCGCGCUUGCAGGAAGGUUACGUUGUGCGGAAUAGCCUGCUGAAAGGGUACUGGGGUGAAGAGGAAACCACUUCUCCAACACGUCUCACCCUCCGACCGGAUGAAGCGUUCGAGCUAAUCUUUUAUCUCACGGCCAGUGAUUUCUAUGUCAGCGUGAACGGUCGCCAUUUUUGUUCCUUCCGGCACCGCGUGCAUCAUGAUCGCAUCACUAACGUUGAGUUUGUGGGCGAUAUAACUAUCACUGAAUGCCAUACGAAACAUUUCGAAGAUUAUCCUUUUAUUCCUGAAAACAAACUUGAAGUUUACGAAAUUCCAUGUGAUGAAAACUACACCGAUGAUCAAGAUUUAAAACUUCGUAUGCCAUUUUUGGGAAAACUGAGUCAACCAUUAAACAUUGGAACACAACUAGAAAUAUGUGGGAAAGUAAAACUUCUUCCACAUUCGUUUUAUGUCAAUUUACAAAACGGACUGAAUAUUCAUCCACAUGCAAUAAUUCCUUUACAUUUGAAUCCAAGAUUCAGUGCUUGCUGUGGUGCAAAUGCAUUUGUUCGUAAUGCUUGGUCAGAUGGCAAAUGGUAUAAUGAAGAACGAGCUCCAGGUUUUCCUUUUUCUCCUGGUUAUUCUUUUACGUUGGUCAUCCGUGUAGAGAUGGAUUUUUAUGCGAUUUAUGUGAAUAACCAACUCAUCGCUGAGUAUCCCUAUCGAGUGCGGAAUAAACAUUUUGUUUCUGCUGUGUACAUCCAGGGUGACAUCUAUCUACGCCAUAUUUCUAUACAGAAAAAGAGCAGAUACGCUCAGUAUGGUUUUAACGAAGAACAUGCUGGAUUAGUACUGUAAUUAAUGAUUAAAUAUUAAUCUUAAUUAUGCGUAUAAAAAGGUAAUGAGUUGUCGAUGGUUUAAUUUAAAUAUUUAAACAUGAUGCUUAUGAAGGCCGGUUCUUCAUUCAUUUUAAAUGUGAGAUAAAUUUGUAAUGAAAGCAUUUAUGAGUGUUCCAGUGUUUUUGGAAAUUAUGAAAAAUUGAGAUAAUGAGAAUUUGAUUUUGUGAUACAAAGAGAUUUAGGUUUGAUUAUUUUAAAUUGUAAUUUCUAUUUAGGAGAAUACUCUGCUAAUAUUAUGAAUCAGUGUUUAAUUAUAAAUUGAAGCGUAUUUUUAUUAUGAUUUUAUUAAAAUGAAAACAAUAUAUACUAACAAUGAUCCUACCAAGCUAGUAUUUAUAUAUAUUGUUUAUAAUUAAUAAGUAGAAUCUGAAUAAACCGCAAGUUCUCACUGGUGUAAGUAAA